AUGGAAGCAUUUAGCCCGAAAGAUUCAUCUAUUCUAUCAAGUCCUUACUCAUCACCAAAUCUUAGUGCCUUACUGAAGAUUAAAGUCAUAUCAUGGAGUCAAGAGACUGGUUUGCCUGUAACGGUUCGUGUUCGUGUUGCUAAUAGAUCCUUCAACUUGCACAAGUCUCCAUUGAUAUCUAAGAGUGGAUAUUUCAAGAGGCAGCUAGAUGAAUGGCAAGAAGUUGAUUUGCCAUCAAAUUUCCCUGGAGGUUCAGAAACAUUUGAGAUGAUCGCGCUCUUCAUAUAUGGUUCUUCCACAUUUAUUGAUCCUUUCAAUGUUGCAUCCCUUCGUUGUGCAGCCGAGUUUCUAGAGAUGACAGAAGCAUUGGGUGGCCCUGGCAACUUAUGUGAAAGAACUGACCUGUACUUAACUCAGGUGAUACUGCAAAGUUGGGAUGAUACCCUCAUUGUGCUGCAAAAAUGCCAAGCAUUGCUCCCUUGUGCAGAGGAACUUCUAAUUGUGAGUCGGUGUAUAGAAUCGUUGGCCUUUAUGGCUUGUAUGGAGAUUCUUGAUCCUGAGAGAAAAAGGAAGAAGGGUAUUGUUUCACUAGAAGCUCUUGCAUCCGAACCAUGGAACAGAAAACUCGUAAAGGAAAUUGUAAGUGAUCAAGAUCAUCUUUGGGUAAAAGAUCUAGUUGCUCUUCCAUUUGGGUUUUUCAAAAGGGUUAUUGGGUCAUUAAGAAGGCAAGGCAUGAAGGAGAAAUAUGUAAGUCCCAUUAUUGUUUUUUAUGCCAACAAAUGGGUGAUCUCUAAGAAAACGCGACAAUUUUGGGAGUGUUUAUGUGACAAUGAUGAUGACAACAACAAUAGUAACACUCGUGAUGAUGAUACAAGUGAAAAGGUAUUGGAAACAUUAAAAGGAAUCCUAAACUUGUUGCAUGUAGGAUCAAAGGUGAGUAAAAUAAUUCCUGUUGGGUUCUAUUUUGCCUUAUUGGCUAGAUCUCUCGAGCUUGGUGGAUCAAGCAUGGUUGAAGGAAAGGAAAGGCUACAACAGCAAAUUGUGUAUCUUUUACCUCUGGCACACGUCGAAGAUUUUCUUCUUCCAAAGCAAUUGACAGAGUCCUUAACAUCAAGUAUGGAAGUGGGUGUGAUGGAGAGUAUAUUUUCCUCAUAUGUUUUGUCUAAUAUUGAAAUGAAGCAAAGCCCUCCUAUGGGAAACACAAUUGUGGCAGAAUUAUGGGACUCUUACCUCUCCUUGAUUGCUCAUGAUCCGAAUAUGACACCAAAGAAGUUCAUGAAUCUUGUUGAGAUAGUGCCUAUAUCCUACAGAAAUAACCAUGAUCAUCUUUAUGCAGCAAUGAACACAUACAUUCAGGCACAUCCACAUCUGUCACAAGAAGAAAAAAACACGGUCUGCAAGUACUUGAACUGUCAAAAAUUGUCUCAAGAGUUAUGUGUUGAGGCAGUGCAGAACGAGUUCAUGCCACUUCGAUUAAUAGUUCAAGCACUCUUUAUUCAGCAACUCAACACACAGCAUGCCUUCAAGGAAUGUUCAGAGUCAUUCAGAUUUGCAUAUUCAAGGGAACUCUCAGGAAGUCUUUCGAGUUCAAGAUAUCAAAAUUCGAAAAGCCAAAAUCUAGGAGAAAGUGAUCAUGAGGGUGAAAUAAUGAUCAUGAACAAACCAUUAAGUUGCCUACUAGAGAGUGAUCAAUUAGUGAUGCAAAAAAAGUCUGAGAUACUUGCAGCAGCAAAAAAGGAGUACGAGUCCACGAGUUUCAGAAUUCAGAAUCUUGAACAAGAGCUUGUAUCUCUUAAGAAGAGUCUUAGGUUGAAGAAGAGCGCGAAAGAAACAGAAGAAGAUCCUCCCAAAAUGAGUAACUUUGGGUUAGAAGGAAGAUCAUAUAGUAGUAAAAGGAGGAAUAAUUCACUUGGACAAGUAACUAGUUGCAUUGGUUCAGUGAAUUUUUCUUCUCAGAGGAAAUAUGCUGGCAGAUUAUUGAAGAUCUUUAGAAGGGUGACUUUGUUUGGAAGAGCAAAACUAAAGAAAAAACCUAGUGUUACAGGUUCAUACAGAAACAAGCAAGUAUAACUAAUUACUACUAACUGUAAGUUGAAUGAUGAUUAAAGAAAUAAGUGCUUGCAAAUAAAUAAUUCAUGGAAGGAGAUCACCAGUUGAAGCAUUAUAAUUAGUUAUUUUGUUUAAAUUUCACGAGUAUGUUUCAUGAUUUUGUGUUGUUUUAUAGAAAUAGAAUAUAUACAUGAGUUUGAUGAAUGAUGAAUA